AUGAAACUACUUUUCAACAUCCAUGGACGUCCGGUGUCGGUCAGUGCUCAGUGGGUGAGGAUGCAGGUUACAGUAAAUGGAAAGAGAUGGGGCUCAUGGGUAGGUGUCAGUAAGAGCCGGGAGAGGUGACAUUAAUGAGAGAGAGAGGGAGAGAGAUACUUUAGAAUGGUACACUUCAUAUGAGCUUCUAUGCCCCUAUCGUCCUGACUGUCACUCAGUGUCACCGCCCUGCCUCCUGCCAGCUCUGUGACACCCCGGUCCCCCUAGCCCCAUGAAACAAAUAGGCCAACAGCUUAAUUCUGGAGUGUGGCAUUUAGGUGGAAGUGUGAUUUUGACAUCUAUAUCCUCCUAGGUUGUCAGUUUUUUAGGCCAGCGCUUCUGACUGAGAAGUGAGAGCAUUAAAAAUUAACUCUGCCCAGCCAGUGGUAAUGAGGUUGGUCUUUGAAGUCAGAUGCUGUAUAUGUUGGAUUCACACCGUGACAUAUCAUCAAAAAGCAUUAAUGUGCUGUAACUUUUAACUACUGUAGCAUGAUUGGUACUUAGAGUAAUUUGUUCCGUUGUAGAACUUUGAGUUGAAAAAGUAAUUGCACUGUUGAAAGAGCACUUUUCAGAUGCACCAUAGAAUAUCACCUUUCACAUGGUUCCAUCAGGUUCAUGUAGUAAGUUAUCACAAUGCUAUCUUUGGAUUUAGGAUUUCCAUCCGCCCCUUUCCCUUGUCCAUCUGUGUGUGGGGGUAAGGAGAGAGAGGGAGCCUCAUGCAGGAGGAGCAGGUGGAGAGUAGGAAGCACGGGAGCAACGGGCCCCUCCGCUUUGACUCAGUUAGACCACAGUCAACAGCAUGUGUGUGUGAGUCAGAGGGUAGCAGAGAUGGAGACUGCUCAACGACACACUAACUCCCACAGAGAGAGGGAAACAGACACCAUCACACUACCCUGUAUCUCACUCUCAUAUCACCUCUCUCUCUCUCUCUCUCUCUCUCUCUCUCUCCUCUCUCUCUCUCAUAUCACCUCUCUCUCUCUCUCUCUCAUCACCUCUCUCUCUCAUAUCACCUCUCUCUCUCUCUCUCUCCUCUCUCUCUCUCUCUCUCUCUCUCUCUCUCUCUCUCUCUCUCUCUCUCUCUCUCUCUCUCUCUCUCUCUCUCUCUCUCUCUCUCCUCUCUCAUGUUGCUAUAACCAAAAUACAUUGACUUCAGUUAGUGUGAACAGAACUGUUUCUUGCCACCUAAUAUAAUAUACAGUAAGUUAUUACUAAUCAUGUCUUCCACAAGGGCAUAAACUGUGAAUGUUUCUCCAGUGCUUUUCAAUGGCAUCUAUCGGGUUUCUUCUACCCAACCUUGAAUGCUAACCUAAUGAUGUUCAAGGUGGAGCCAAUCUGUAGAAGAAGCUCAUGGUAGCCUGCCUACGUAUAGCCUGGGGUGUCACUUUCUAAUCUUGCCCUAAAAACUUAACUCUGGGAGCACUCCUCAGACUAGGAUUCCUUCCCUCGUGCCUGUACAUGCAGGUGCGUGCUUCUUAUUGGAAUUUUACUGCAAAAACUCUGACUGUGACAAGGAGCUAGAGAAAGCUGAUUACUGCUUCUCAUAAUGUAGGCAAGUUUGAAAGAAGCCAGUCAUGCUGUUCAUUCAUCACAUUGUACAUGGUUAGAAUGUCUAUUGCCAUUCAUCAUACUGUAGCAAGCAAUAAGGACAUUCUAUUGGCAUCUUCUUUGCACAGGGAAAAUCAAGAACAUUAGUUGGCGCGCUGUUGUUGUACCAUUUUAUCGUGAGUGGGAGUGGACCAUGAUAGACACCAAGCUGAAUUUAAUGAUGGUAUUCUGGCAAAUAUGGUUUAAGCUUUCCAAAAAAGAAAUGUUAAAAGAAUUGACGGAAUCUGCAAUUUCACGUUUUUUUUUAAACAUCCAUUUACAAUUAAUUUGCUCUCGCUUUUAAAAAGUAUUUCCUUGCAAUAUUUUGUUUUGCUAUCAAUACUUUUGGAUUUAUGUUUUGCUUUCAAUAACAUUAUUUUUGUUUGCAAUAAUAAUAAUUUUGUUCUCGACUUCAAAAGUUUUGCUUGAUAUUAAUGGCACAAAAUUAACUCACUCACUAGAGGAUGGCACCAUAUAGUAACACUAUUACUCUAAACUAAGGAGUUUAAAGCGGCAAUCCUAAAUUGAAACAUUAACAAGUGUCCUCCCCGCCACAGUUUCAGUAAAAAGCUGAGGGAUGGGGCUGGAGAAAUGCAACCACUUUCAAAUCCAUAGACUACACUAUGGAUGCAAGGACUGACCAUCCAUGAUAUCACAAUUAUUGUUUUAACCAUGUUUUAGGCAGUGUUUGUUUACAUUAACUUUGUUAACAAACAUUGAAGUAAAUGUGGAGUUUCCUUACAUUUUUACAUGUGAUUGUUUUUCACAUGUGAUUAGAUUUUCACAUGCAGAGUUUUUUUUACAUGUGAAACUCCAAAUGGGAUUUUCUCAUGUGAAUGUUUUUCAUGUGAAAAUGCAUGUGAAACUGCGAAUUUGACGUGUUUUUUUUGUAAGGGAAGGGAGUUACUCUGACAGCUGGCAGCUACCCUGUAAUGACUAUAGGUUCUCUCAGUGUGUGCUUGAGUAAAGGUGUGGCUGUGUGUGUGUGUGUGUGUGUGUGUGCGUGCGAUAGUGUGUCAAUGUGCUAUUGCAGCAAGAAAAUGUGUGUAUGUGUUGGCACACAACUGAUUGCCCAAUGUGUGUUUCAGUGCUGUGGGAAAGACAUGCCUGCUCAUCAGCUACACAACCAACGCCUUCCCUGGAGAGUACAUCCCCACAGUGUAAGUACUGGACCACAGACAGACACAGUGGACAUGAUAUGGCUGGUACAGUGCCAAAUGUGUGGGCUGAAUGGACAAACAUCCUACAUAAUGCCAACAAAGGCCUACAUAAUGCAACCAAUAACCAGAAAUAGGAAGUAUUGUAAUAUUCACAAUAAUUCUAGGGAUUGGAAUGCUAGAUAUUGACUUUACUUUCACAAACACCUAUGGUAUGCAGUUUAUAUACACUCAGUGGCCAGUUUAUUAGGUACACCCAUUUACUACUGGUCAGACCCCCCUUUACCUCCAGAACAGCCUGAAUUCUUCGGAGCAUGGCGUUCAAUUGUUGCUCAAUUGGUAUCAAGGGACGUAAUGUGGGGAGGGUUUGGCCGGCCGGGAUGUCCUUGUCCCAUCGCGCUCUAGCGACUGACUUCAGUCACCAGCUGUACGGUGUUUCCUCCGAUACAUUUGUGCGGCUGGCUUCUGGGUUAAGCGAGCAGUGCGCCUUUGCGGGGUCGUGUUUUGGAGGACGCAUGGCUCUCGACCUUUGCCUCCCACCACGGUAGUUGCAGCGAUGGGACAAGACUGUAACUACAAAUUUGGAUAUCACGAAAAAGGGGUAAAAAGUAAAAAAUUAAAUAAAACGGUAUAUGCUGUGUAAGGUUUUCCACUGUGAUUUGUUCUAGAUGUAAUGGACUCAUUUGUCUUGCAGGUUUGAUAACUACUCAGCCAAUGUGAUGGUGGACAGUAAGCCAGUGAAUCUGGGACUGUGGGAUACAGCAGGACAGGAGGACUAUGACAGACUCAGACCUCUGUCCUAUCCUCAGACGGUAACACACACACACACAUAUACAGAAUCUCUAUUACAAAUUAUAUACAGUGGGGUCUGGAAUUAUUGACACCCUUGAUAAAGAUGAGCAGUAAUGACUGUAUACUGUAAAAUGUAUAAUGGAUGCUACCAUGAUUACGGAUAAUCCUGAAUGAAUCGUGAAUAAUUAUGAGUGAGGGUCAAAGAUCAUACUCCCAAGACAUGCUAAACUCCCCUGUUACUGGUAAUGGUGAGAGGUAAGCAUGUCUUAUGACUUAAACUAAAUCUCUUUGAAUAAUUGUAUUAGUAUAAAAUUAUAUAAUUUCACAUUUAUUUGGAGCACAGAAUAUAGCUCAGUAUUUGCAUGAUACAUUUUAUACAAUCAUUUAACGGUCAUCUUUAUCAAGGGUGUCAAUAAUUUCGGACCCCACUGUACGUCUUCUACAUCACUGAUACACCUUUCUACCCUUCAGGACAACCCCAUGUAUUACUCCCUACACCUUCACUAACCAAUGACCACAGUAUAUAAAUCACUAUAUCCUAAUCUGUUUACACCAUCAACACAUCUCCCUACUCCUUUAAUACUACCAUUGAUCAGACGCUAUGUUUGUCUCCUAGGAUGUGUUCCUCAUCUGUUUCUCUCUGGUGAGCCCAGCAUCGUUUGAGAACGUCAGAGCCAAGGUGAGUGGAUUCUGUAUGAUCUUUAUGGCUGUUGUGCUACAAUGUAUAGGUACAUAUAGUAUGCAAUACACACUUACAUAUUCUAUUUGAUCCGCCUCCUGUGUUUUCCUCUGCACUUAAUGCAGGGAUAGCAGAUUACAUUGUUUUCAUAAUGUAGGUGUUGAUUGGCAUUGAUUGAUACAGCACGAUUAUAAAGGUUGCAGCAUCCCCCAGAGCUGCAGUAUAUAGCAUACAUUAUAGGUUAAUAUACGGAGAGAUUAACGUGUCAAUACUGUUGAUCACUCCUAAAGCACUUACCUUUCUGUGAAUAUAGAUGAGUCAUCAUUAUAUUUACAUUUUAGUCAUUUAGCAGACGCUCUUAUCCAGAGCGACUUACAGUUAGUGAGUGCAUACAUUUUCAUACUGCCCCCCCUGUUAGUAAUACAGAGGUGGUUGAUGGAAAACAGAGCAAGAAAACAGUAGUAUGCCAGUUAAUCUAUUAAAUGCCCAUCAUGAUUAAGAUAAUGAUAGUUGGCCUGUGAAAUGAGUCUAAACACAUAGAGAAAUCAAUAAUUGUAUAAUGGAUAGGCUACUCUGGUUUACCUGCUUUCAAUAGAAAAUUGAAGUGUACUGUAUAAUAAAACUAACAUAUUGCAGAUUCUGGCAUUUCUAGUACAGUAAUAAGAUAUAGUCCAAUGGGCAACAAAUAUGUUUUAUAUUUUAACUAUGUCUGAGUAAUGCUAUUAUCAAUAGUUGUUUUGUGUUCUGCUGCUUUCAGCUCUACCUAUUGCUGCAAAGGCCAUGGUUUAUUCGCUUAAGUCAGACAGUCAUAAAUUAAGUAUUUCAAAUCCAAGGACUAGAACAACACAUCUAUUCAGGUAGCACGUUGCAUACCCAUUGGAUUCUUCGCCAAUGAACCUCACUCCAUUUGAAUAGGAUAUAGAAAUCUGUUCAUCAACAGAAAUCAAUCAUAUUCAUUCAGGUUUACGUCAGAGAGAGGUAAUCAUCUCUUCUUUAACGGAGUCAAACAUGGAUGUCCCAUGUGAACUUAACUCCCAUAAUGCACGCUGAGACCUCGACCUACUCCCCCGGCUAACUGUCAGGGUCUGUGUCUUUUCACUGCACGGGGCACGCAUUCCACAUGUUACCAUGGCAGCUCUCAGCUACUGCUGAACGAAGCUGUCCUUGAGCCCUCUAUCGCUCUUCCACCGUUCUGAUGAAAAGGAGAAGAUAGUAAUUGUCCCAUCCUGUCUCUCCAUCUCCAUCUCUCCAGAAGUCAUGGUGUUUAGAACUGACACAUUACUAUAGAAGUUGAAUUCACAUCAAAGCUAUAAAAUCACCAAAAAAGCCUGCCAAACUUGACCCUUUUCAGACGCUUUUAUUGUUGCUUCUUCUCAUACCAUUGCGUCAGCCAUAGGCUUUGUCAAAUGACAGCAAAGUGUCUGACUCCUCUGACUACAAUGUCAACCGUUUGAAUUGAGCUAAUUAGUUUGGGAACUGUCAGUGUUGGAGUUAUAUCAAGGGCAGUGGAGAUCAAAAAAUAAUGAGAUUUGAUCAAUCUGCUUUACUUGAUAUGACAUUGUCAAAACAACCCUAAUAUGGUCCAGAGUGGUCUGAAGGCAGGUCUGGUAGGUCGCUAAAAAGCAUGAAUGUGCUAUCUAUUCUACUGCAUAGACUUGGUGCUCAAACUAAGGGGGGGGGAGGGGGGGGGGGGGGAUUGUUCUUGAUAUUGGCAAUUAUUGAAAAGACCAGCGUUAAUCCAUUCCAAUUUGUGCCGUUUUGAAUCGCACCGCUUGCCCAAAUGACUUUACUCAGCCCUUUAAUUUAUGAUUAGCUUCAAACAAUAGCAAUCUCGCUUCUCCAGCCCUUAUGUAAAUGUUUGCCUCUUUUCACAUUUCAAGAACAAAAUUCUUUAUUAGUUUUUUCCUCCUCUCUCUCCAUCUUUCUCAGUCUGUUUUUUCAUGGCAUGUUCCCAAUGAGUCUCCAUGGUAACAUUGCCCAUGUAUGCAAAUGGAGCCUUGGUAGAUUAGCAGGCUUUCAGGUGACAUUAGGAUCUAUUUAAAAUGGAAGGUAGGCUACAGACUGUGUGGGGGAAGAGUCACAGCCAUGUAGCGUGUUGCUCCCACUAACCCACCCAUGUCACUCUGGUAAUUGCCUGUCAAAAGGAGAUUCAAUUGACCCGUGUUAUCUCUGAUUAUUGCCAUGGUACACCUCCUACUGCUAUCACCAUUUUGGAUCAACGGGAGAUCAAUAAUCAAUUAGCCAUCGCUCCAAUCUUCUCCUGAGAAGGUUUGUCUUCCAUUAUCAUAACACUGUACUGGCCAACUCAUGUCUUAAACUAGCAGAAUUAAAUUCCCUCACUCAGUUUCAGAGAGAUACAGAGGGAUUUACUAGUAAACUAAAGGUGCCAUUUUCUAAAACACAGAAUUGCCCAUCAUCUCCCCACACCACUAAAUGAAUGUGUUUCCAUUUCAUCCAGUCAGCCUCGAUGGAAGUUAGAGAUUAUUUAACUCAUGGCACCAUCGCCUUUCUUAGUAGGAAGCUGGGAAGUGUUAUUUGUUAAAGUGAUAUCUGUUACCUGUCCUGGUAUAUAGAGAACCAUCCUUUAAUCUCUCCUCCACAGAGUCUGUGAGGGUCAGGGCAGAGGUAACCCCUUAGUUCCUGAAUAGUGAAAGCCUUUUAUUGUAAAGCUCAUCUUCAAAUCAAAAAUCACAUUUUAUUUGCCACAUGCGCCGAAUACAACAGGUGUAGACCUUACAGUGAAAUGCUUACUUACAAGCCCUUAACCAACAAUGCAGUUUUAAGAAAAUAAAAAGUGUUAAGUAAAAAAUAGAAAGUAAAAAAUAACAAAUAGCUGCAGUAAAAUAAAAUAACAGUAGGGAGGUUAUAUACAGGGGGUACUGGUUCAGAGUCAAUGUGUGGGGGCACCGGUUAGUCGAGGGAAUUGAGGUAAUGUACAUGUGGGUAGAGUUAAAGUGACUAUGCAUAGAUAAUAAACAGAGUAGCCAUGGUUAUCUGUUCAGGAGUCUUAUGGCUUGGGGGUAGAAGCUGUUAAGAAGCCUUUUGGACCUAGACUUGGCGCUCCGGUACCGCUUGCCGUGCGGUAGCAGAGAGAACAGUCUAUGACUAGGGUGGCUGGAGUCUUUGACAAUGUUUAGGGCCUUCCUCUGACACCGCCUGGUAUAGAGGUCCUGGAUGGCAGGAAGCUUGGCCCCAGUGAUGUACUGGGUCGUACGCACUACCCUCUGUAGUGCCUUGCGGUCGGAGGCCGAGCAGCUGCCAUACCAGGCAGUGAUGCAACCAGUCAGGAUGCUCUCGAUGGUGCAGCUGUAUAACUUUUUGAGGAUCUUUUGCGUCUCCUGAGGGGGAUAGGCUUUGUUGUGCCCUCUUCACGACUGUCUUGGUGUGUUUGGACCAUGAUAGUUUGUUGGUGUGUCACGUUCGUUGAAUACAGGAUUGGACCAAGGUGCAGCGUGGUAUGCGUACAUGUUCGUUUAUUAAAUAAACACUGAACAAAACAACAAAAGUAACGUAACGUGAAGUUCUAAAGGCUAACAUCAAACAAGCCAAACACACAGAAACAAGAUCCCCCAAAACAGGUAGGCAACAUGGCUACCUAAGUAUGAUCCCCAAUCAGAGACAACGAUCGACAGCUGCCUCUGAUUGGGAACCACACCCAGCCAACAUAGAUCUACAAUAUCUAGAUCUAUACAUAGAAAUUCACACCCUGACCAAACCAACUAAAGAAAACCGGGCUCUCAAGGCCAGGGCGUGACAGUGAUGUGGACACCAAGGAACUUGAAGCUCUCAACCUGUUCCACUACAGCCCCGUCGAUGAGAAUGGGGGCAUGCUCAGUCCUCUUUUUUUCCUGUAGUCCACAAUCAUCUCCUUUGUCUUGAUCACAUUGAGGGAGAGGUUGUUGUCCUGGCACCACACGGCCAGGUCUCUGACCUUCUCCCUAUAGGCUGUCUCAUCGUUGUCGGUGAUCAGGCCUACCACUGUUGUGUCGUCGGCAAACUUAAUGAUGGUGUUGGAGUCGUGCCUGGCCUUGCAGUAAUGGGUGAACAGGGAGUACAGGAGGGGACUGAGCAUGCACCCCUGAGGGGCCCCCAUGUUGAGGAUCAGCGUGGCAGAUGUGUUGUUACCUACCCUUACCACCCUUGCAGAGGGAGGUGUUUAGUCCCAGGGUCCUUAGCUUAGUGAUGAGCUUUGAGGGCACUAUGGUGUUGAACGGUGAGCUGUAGUCAAUGAAUAGCAUUCUCACAUAGGUGUUCCUCUUGUCCAGGUGGGAAAGGGCAGUGUGGAGUGCAAUAGAGAUUGCAUCAUCUGUGGAUCUGUUGGGGCGGUAUGCAAAUUGGAGUGGGUCUAGGGUUUCUGGGAUAAUGGUGUUGAUGUGAGCCAUGACCAGCCUUUCAAUGCACUUCAUGGUUACAGACGUGAGUGCAAAGGGUCGGUAGUCAUGUAGGCAGGUUAUCUUAGUGUUCUUGGGCACAGGGACUAUGGUGGUCUGCUUGAAACAUGUUGGUAUUACAGACUCAGUCAGGGACAUGUUGAAAAUGUCAGUGAAGACACUUGCCAGUUGGUCAGCACAUGCUCGGACUACGCAUCCUGGUAAUCUGUCUGACCCUGCGACCUUGUGAAUGUUGACCUGUUUAAAGGUCUUACUCACAUCGGCUAUGGAGAGCGUGAUCACAUAGUCAUCCGGAACAGCUGAUGCUCUCAUGCAUGCUUCAGUGUUGCUUGCCUCGAAGCGAGCAUAGAAGUGAUUUAGCUCGUCUGGUAGGCUCGUGAUUCAAUCUUAGUCCUGUAUUGACUCUUUGCCUGUUUGAUGGUUCAUCAGAGGGCAUAGCGGGAUUUCUUAUAAGCGUCCGGGUUAGAGUCCCGCUCCUUGAAAGCAGCAGCUCUACCCUUUAGCUCAGUGCGGAUGUUGCCUGUAAUCCAUGGCUUCUGGUUGGGGUAUGUACGUACGGUCACUGUGGGGACGACGUCAUCAAUGCACUUAUUGAUGAAGCCAGUGACUGAUGUGGUGUACUCCUCAAUGCUAUCGGAAGAAUCCCGGAACAUAGUCCAGUCUGUGCUAGCAAAACAGACCUGUAGCUUAGCAUCUGCGUCAUGUGACCACUUCCUUAUUAACCGAGUCACUGGUGCUUCCUGUUUUAGUUUUUGCUUAUAAGCAGGAAUCAGGAGGAUAGAGUUAUGGUCAGAUUUGCCAAAUGGAGGGCGAGCGAGAGCUUUGUACGCGUCUCUGUGUGUAGAGUAAAAGUGGUCUAGAGUUUUUUUUUCCUCUGGUUGCACAUUUAACAUGCUGGUAGAAAUUAGGUAGAACGGAGUCCCCGGCCACUAGGAGCUCUGCCUCUGGAUGAGUGUUUUCCUGUUUGCUUAUGGCCUUAUACAGCUCAUUGAGUGCAAUCUUAGUGCCAGCAUCGGUUUGUGGUGGUAAAUAGACAGCUACGAAUAAUAUAGCUAAAAACUCUCUUGGUAAAUAGUGUGUUCUACAGCUUAUCAUGAGAUACUCUACUUCAGGCGAGCAAAACCUUGAGACUUCCUUAGUAUUAGAUUUUAUGCACCAGCUGUUGUUUACAAAUAUACACAGACCACCACCCCUUGUCUAACCGGAGUCAGCCGUUCUAUCCUGCCGAUGUAGCGUAUAUCCCGCUAGCUGUAUGUUAGCCAUGUCGUUGUUCAGCCACGACUCGGUGAAACAUAAUAUAUUACAGUUUUUAAUGUCCCGUUGGUAGGAUAACCUUGAUCUUAGGUUGUCCAAUUUAUUUUCAAAUGAUUGUACGUUGGCUAAUAGGAUUGAUGGAAGAGGCAGUUUACUCACUCACCGUCGGAUCCUUACAAGGCACCCCGACCUACGUCCACGAUAUCUCCGUCUCUUUCUCAUGCGAAUGACGGGGAUUUGGGCCUUGUCGGGUGUCUGUAGAAUAUCCUUCGCGUCCGACUCGUUGAAGUAAAAAUCUUCGUCCAAUACGAGGUGAGUAAUUGCUGUCCUGAUAUCCAGAAGCUUUUUUUGGUCAUAAGAGACGGUGGCAGAAACAUUAUGUACAGAAUCAAUUACAAAUAACGCGAAAAAACACACAUAAUAGUACAAUUGGUUAGUUUGCCGUCAAUGAGUCCUCCUAAGGAGGUAAGACUCUGGGAGAUCUACCCCAGUCCUUUGUGUGGCAUUCAAGGUUUGAUGGCAGGAAGGCCAAAGAGUGCAGAGGAGUGGGCGCUUUGUCCCCACAGACAAAGUCUACAUAAUGGCUACCCUGCAAGGGGAAGAGAGACAGACACGAGAGGCAGCAAAACCUUGGUGAAUGGAACCGAGAAUUCUUGAUGCAUUUUUCACAUAAUAUAGUGUGUGUGUGUGUGUUUUCUCAGUAGACUCAGUGAAAUGCCUGAAAUGUGUGUGUGUGUGCGUGCUUCAUUGUCACUGUUCUCAUUACUAUACAUUAAUGCGCUAUAAAAAGGAAAAUUUUUAAACCUUGACAUUCCCUCCACUCUGCUGUAACAGCUAAUGAUGGCUUGCAGAGUGGGUCCUAUAUUUCAUUAGAGACACCAAUAAUUACUGACUUCUAAACAUACGUAGAGCUGUUAACCAGGUGUUAAGCAGAGAAGCUAAAAUAAGCGAAGGUGACUCACUAACAGUCUGUGUCAUUCAUAAGCAUUAAUCAGCUCCUAUUCUGCAAAAGCAUACACUGCUCUCUCAUUUCUAUCAAUUACUCAAUGUGGAUGAAGGGACUUCCUUUUUCAUCAUGCUGACGUUGUCAGACAUUUUAUUUGAAUAAUGUGUAUUAUAAUGACGGUAUUGAUAAUAGUAAUAAUAAUAAUAGUAUCCUAGAUGUUAUGUGUGAGGAGCUACAUACACCAGGAAUGAAACUGGCUACCAGAUAAUACAGUAGUAGAACCAGAGGGGAAGAGGCAAAGCGAGAGGCUUGACUCUGCCCCAAAAUCUGUCCAGGAGAAGCAGACCAAGUGGGGAUUUUUUGUAAUGAGUGUCGAAUUUCGUAAAAAAAAAAAUGUAAUUCUAAUUUGCUACGGGAGGCUUAUUUGAGCUAAUUUAAGUUUUGUAAUGUUUAGGUUGUUACUAAUGUUCUGAUGUAAGUGGACACACGUGGCAUUCCGACAACUUUGAGAAAGAAAAAUAUAUUUCUAAGUUAUGCCUGUUGUUCACACGUGUAUCUGCCCUCUCAUUUGUUAGAAUAUUCCCGCCUGACCCCGCCUCCUCCCGUCUGCAUUCCGCCUUUUGUGGACAUUUAUUCUCAUUAUUAAAGCGGUCAGUCCAGUAUCUUGUCAGUAUAUAGAUCAUCUUUGGUAGAAUUAAAGAUGAGCUGUAUCACAGAAAAGGAAGUGAAAAGUAAUUCUGUGUCUUUGGCUGCGGCCAUGUUGACCUGCUCUGUGUGUGUGCUUGCUCCCCCUAGUGGUACCCUGAGGUACGACACCACUGCCCCUCCACACCCAUCAUCCUGGUUGGCACCAAGCUGGAUCUGAGGGACGAGAAGGAAACCAUUGAGAAGCUGAAGGAGAAGAAGCUAGCGCCCAUCACCUACCCACAAGGCUUAGCACUAGCCAAAGAGAUAGGUACGUAGGUCUCUGGGAUCCUGAAUUAGUGAUCAUGCAUCAGGGAUCAACCAUGAUUGAUAUACAGUAGUCACUCUGGGUUUGUGAUUGGACAUGACUGAAUCAGCGAUUGAUUGAUUAUCUGUCAUUGUAAUGAUUGUUGUUCACAGAGCUGUACAGUAUCAUGGAACACUUUGUACUCUGCUCUGAGUCCUUAUACUUGUUGAACACUGCAUAGUUGUUGAUGUUAUGUCGCCCUAGCUUCACAUUCUUGGAAUCAUCACCCGCCAGCCGUGUAUUAUGCCAAAUAAACAGUCUAUCCUCUCCAUAUCCCUCAUACAUCUUCUGUGUGUGUUUUCUGGGUAGACUCGGUAAAGUACCUGGAAUGCUCUGCCCUGACCCAGCGGGGGCUGAAGACGGUGUUUGACGAGGCCAUCCGAGCGGUGCUGUGCCCCCAGCCCACCAAG